AUGCCUCGCGGUCAUGUUGGCCUGUCCUCCAUCGAGGCGCGCCAGCGGCGCGAGAGCUUCAUGGAGAAGUUCAACGCGGAGAAGACGGUGCAGGAGCGCCAGGAGCGCACGGUCGAGUGGGAGUUGCGCGGCAACGAGCGACGAGAGCAGAAGGACGUGCUGCAGUACAUGGACGUGAUACAGGCUCAACACAACGACGUCCUCGUCGCGCGUCGCCGUCGCUUAGCAGAGCUGCUCACGCGCGAGAACGAGCUGCACACUUCCAUGAUGACAAGCCUGCCAGAGACCGACGCGCAGCGCCGCGAGAGGCUGAUCCGAAAGGCGCAGGAGCUCCGUGCCAAGCGUGAGGAGGCGAAGCGGCUGGACAACUGCGCCCGCCACGAUCGUCUGUUCUGCGCAAAGAUUGACUGCCUGCGCCAGGCGGAGAGCCGACUGAAGGUGAUGCAGGUGGCGGAUGCUCGGUAUGAGCAGAUGGACGCCGCCGCGGAGCGUCGGCGUCAGGAAGCUGCCGAGGAUGUCUUAUACGCUCAGCAGGCUACGGAGGCGCAGCGGGUGGCAACGGAGCGAGUGCAGCACGACCUUGAGAUGCAGUACAACCGCAACAAGCGCAUGGUUGAAGACCUCGCUGCGCAGGUGGAGGGCAACCGGCAGCGGAAGGAGAUAGAAAAGGAGAACGCGCGUCGCGACACCGAGGAGUUCUACCGGCUGCUGCACGAGGAGCAGGCAGAGGAGGCCCGCAAGCGUCUGCAGCGGCGGGAGAAGAACCGGCAGCUGGCGCAGGAGAUGAUGCUAAUGAACGAAGAGCUGAAGCGUGCUCGUCAGCAGGAGUACGAGCAGCUCAAGAAGGAAGACAAGGAGGCGCUGGACGCUAUCCUCGCUUCCCUCGCGGCGGAGCAACAGGAGCAGCGGGCUGAAAAGCAGCGGCGCAUAGCGGCGGAACGGCAGCAUAUGUUAGACCUCCAGAAGAUGGCUCAGAGCAAGGACGACAAGCACGCGUUAGACCAGCUGUGGGCGGAAGAGAACGAGAAGCAGUGGCGAAAGCGUGAGGCGCAAUGGGAAGCCGACCAGGCCAAGCGCGACACGCUGCUGCGCAACAUUCUCAUCGCGCGCCGGCAGCAGAUUCUGGACAAGCGUCAGAAGGCCAAGGAAGACGCGAUGCUGCGCAAGCUGGAGGACGAAAAGUUUCUCGAGUCCUUGUCGAAGGAGCGUGACAUCGACGCUGAAGAGCGAGAGCGGCGCAUGGCGCUCUUGAAGGAAACGCAGCAGUACCUCGAGUGGCAGAUUCAGCAGCGCAUAGCGGAGAAGGAGGCAGCACGUCUGGCCAAGCGCACUGAGCUGACGGAUGAGCAGGCUUUGGAGAAGAAGUACGAGGACCGGAUUGCGCAGGAGAUGGCAAACCUAGAAGCAGCAAAGCCAGCGCGUUACCGCGACGUGCCGCUGCUGCCGAAAAAACAGCGAAAUCAACUCUUUUAG